AUGGGCUGGCUGUGGGCAACACCAUCCCCUCCGAAAACUCCUACUCCUACAACAGAUAACGCGACGAGCGUCUCGAAAACGGCAGCUCCAGCCUCCACGGACACUGCCAGCAGCGAUGUUGACCCAGAGAUUCAGAAAUUUCUCGAUCUGUUCAAGGCGGAAAGGGAGCCAGAGCCAACAGCUUCCGAGCAACCAACGAAGGCCGACACACAGCCGACAGCGUCCUCCUCCUGGUUUACACUGAAGUCUUCAGCAACCUCGCCAUCACAAGUAGAGACUCGCAAUGCCGCAGCGCCAGCCCCCAAGCUCGACCCCGUGGCUGAAUCUCUCCUGCCGUCAGAAAUGUCUUGUCGCCAGGCGUUCGACAUGGCCUUCCACUGCCAGUCGAUCGGCGGGCAGUGGAACGCCAUUUACCGCGAGGGCUCAAUGCGCUCGUGCAGCGAGAGCUGGGAUGACUUCUGGUUCUGCAUGCGUGUCAAAGGGUACACCGGCAAGCUGAAGGAAGAAGCGAUCCGAGAGCAUUAUCGGAAGAAGGAGCACGAGAAAUAUGGCGCCGGCAAGCCCAGUAGUGAGGAUGUGUGGAGGGCGAGACCGACAAGACUCGCGCCUGAGACGGCUUUCUCUACGACACUAGAAGAUGCCAAGGUAAGUGACGAAGAAUGGCAACAGGCGGAGAUGGACAGACGAAGGAAGAUUAGACGGCAGCUGGGAAUUGAUGAGAGUGCUAAGGUCUAG